CUGCCAAUUGAGUCACGGCUGUUGACCAGCGCCGCACAACAAUUUCCUGAAAGAAAGUGGUCUCUGUUCCACGUCAAUUGCAUAUUUUACAACAGUGCCGACUUCUCUUUGGACAUUUGCAGGUUCCCUAGCUGCGGAGAAGCUCCAAUAACAGAAGGGCAGUCUGCCCGCACCGAUCCCGUCUACAACCAUGGCAACCAGCAAAACAUCUACGGCACCCACAAAGGUGAACAUUCUGGGCAAGGACUCGAUUGUGGUUGACUACGGGCUCUGGCAGAGCUACGUUGCCAACGACCUUGUGCAGAACAUUCCGUCGUCUACCUACGUUCUCAUCACCGACACCAACAUUGGCGCGACCUACAUCCCUACGUUCGAGAAGGCCUUCAAUGCCGCCGCCGCAGCAAGCGCAACCAAACCGCGGUUGCUGACGUAUACGAUCCCUCCCGGCGAGAACUCCAAGUCGCGAAACACAAAAGGCGUGGUAGAAGACUGGCUGCUGUCGCAAGGAUGCACACGGGAUACGAUCAUCAUCGCCCUUGGCGGCGGUGUGAUCGGUGACAUGAUCGGCUUUGUUGCUGCCACCUACAUGCGUGGAAUCAAAUUUGUCCAAGUACCGACAACUCUGCUGGCUAUGGUCGAUUCGAGUAUUGGUGGCAAGACGGCCAUUGACACCCCAGCAGGCAAGAAUCUUGUGGGGGCUUUCUGGCAACCCGAGCGUAUCUAUAUCGACCUGCAGUUUCUCGAGACGUUGCCCAAGCGCGAGAUUAUAAACGGUAUGGCUGAGGUCGUCAAGACAGCGGCUAUCUGGGACGAUAAAGAAUUCACCACACUCGAGGGUAACGCCAGCACAAUCCUUGCGGCGCUCGAUCAGAACACCGACGGUGGGAGAAGGAAUUUCGACAGCAUUGCGGACAUAUUGAAGCGCAUCGUGCUUGGUUCCGUACGCGUCAAGGCAGAAGUUGUCUCCGCUGAUGAGCGAGAGGGUGGUCUGCGUAACCUGUUGAACUUCGGUCACUCUAUUGGCCACGCUUUCGAGGCGAUUCUCACGCCGCAGAUUCUGCAUGGUGAGGCUGUCGCAAUCGGUAUGGUCAAAGAGGCGGAAUUGGCGCGUUACUUGGGCGUACUGGACCCCUCUGCAGUCGCACGCCUCACCAAGUGCAUCGCCAGCUAUGGCUUGCCUACAUCGCUUGCAGACAAGACUGUCCGUAAACGUACUGCCAACAAACACUGCCCAGUUGAUGAGCUCAUCAAGAUCAUGGCAGUUGACAAGAAGAACUCGGGCAGCAUCAAGAAAGUCGUCCUCUUGUCCGGUAUUGGACGCACGUACGAGAAGAAGGCCAGCACAGUCGCAGAUCGUGACAUCAAGAUCGUGCUCUCGCCAAGCAUUUCCGUCCAUCCCGGUGUCCCCAGUGAUCUAAAUGUCACCUGCACGCCUCCUGGAUCCAAAAGUAUCUCGAACCGAGUUCUUGUACUUGCUGCGCUUGGGUCCGGGUCGUGCCGUAUUAGCAACUUGCUGCAUUCUGAUGAUACCCAGGUCAUGCUGGACGCGAUCGCAAAGCUGCAAGGCGCUACCUUCUCCUGGGAAAAUGAUGGAAAAGAAUUGGUCGUCACAGGAAAUGGCGGUAACUUGAAGGCUACGAGUGAUGAGCUUUACCUAGGAAAUGCGGGUACAGCAGCACGUUUCCUGACAUCGGUGACCGCGCUGGCCCAACCGACCGAGGGCGUUACAUCGACCAUCGUCACGGGCAACGCAAGAAUGAAGGAGCGACCUAUCGGCCCUCUGGUCAAGUCGCUGCGAACUAUGGGCAUCGAUAUUGACUACCAGGAGAACCAGGGUAGCUUGCCAUUGCGCAUUGCCGCGUGCAGCGGCUUCGGCGCCAGUGAAGGAGAGAACGCAUUCACUGGGGAGAUUGAACUCGCAGCCACUGUCUCGUCGCAGUACGUUUCUUCGAUACUACUGUGUGCGCCCUACUCCAAGAAGCCUGUAACUCUUCGUCUGGUUGGUGGAAAGCCUAUCUCGCAGCCAUACAUCGACAUGACUAUUGCGAUGAUGGCUUCCUUUGGUGUGCAGGUCGAAAAGUCCUCCACCGAGGCUAACACCUACCACAUCCCUAACGAACCCUACACAAACCCCUCUGAGUAUGUCGUUGAGAGUGAUGCCAGUUCGGCCACGUACCCUCUGGCUAUCGCGGCUAUCACAGGAACUACCUGCACAGUGCCGAACAUCGGCUCAAGCUCUCUGCAGGGCGACGCUCGUUUUGCAAUUGAAGUUCUGGAACCAAUGGGUUGCACGGUUGAGCAGUCAGCUACUUCGACAACCGUUACUGGCCCACCAAGAGGAGAACUGAAGGCGGUCAAAGAGAUUGACAUGGAGCCAAUGACAGACGCUUUCCUUACUGCGUCUGUGCUGGCCGCUGUUGCAUCUUCUAACGGCACCUCGACCACAACGCGCAUAUACGGCAUCGCCAACCAGCGUGUGAAAGAGUGUAACCGCAUUCAGGCCAUGGAAGACGAACUUGCCAAGUUUGGUGUAACGUGCAGGCAGUUCGACGACGGCAUCGAAGUCGACGGGAAGGGCUAUGAACUCACGGCACCGAAACAAGGCAUCCAUUGUUACGAUGACCAUCGCGUCGCGAUGAGUUUUGCUGUUCUUUCGUUGGUCGCACCUGAGCCAGUGCUGAUCCUUGAAAAGGAGUGCACUGGAAAAACUUGGCCAGGAUACUGGGAUUCUCUUAAUCAGAUCUUCAAGGCCGGGCUGGAUGGUGUCGAGCUGCCGCACACUGCCAUCCAUGACAACAGAAUCGGGUCGACUGUCACAGACAAAUCGAUUUUCUUCAUCGGCAUGCGCGGAGCUGGCAAAACAACGACAGGUGGUUGGGCUGCUCGUGUACUCGGAUGGCCGCUCAUAGAUCUUGACACGGCUCUUGAAGAGCACCUAGGCAUGACAAUUCCGGAGCUCAUCAAGCAGCGAGGGUGGGACGGAUUCCGAGCUGAAGAGCUGAAAAUCCUGCAGAAGACCAUGAGAGAAAAGCCGACAGGCCAUGUCUUCGCGUGCGGCGGUGGUAUCGUCGAGAUCCCUGAAGCACGCAAGAUCUUCGUUGACUACCAGAAGAGCAACGGAGUAGUUCUGCUUGUGUCUCGUGACAUCACAAAGGUCAUGGAUUUCCUCCAGAUCGACAAGACACGACCAGCAUAUGUUGAGGACAUGAUGGGUGUCUGGCUGCGACGCAAGCCUUGGUACCUGGAGUGCAGCAACUACCUUGUCAACAGCCAAAGUUCGGACGCUACUGGAUUUGUCAGGGCUUUGGAGGAUUUUGGUCGCUUCUUGAAGAUGAUCACAGGGAGAACGUCGGCGUUGAAGGCGAUUCGCAAAAGGAAGCAGUCCUUCUUUGUUUGCCUCUCUGCACCACAGGUUGAGCCCUUACACAAAGAUAUGGCCGAAAUCACAGUGGGAGCGGAUGCAGUAGAGCUCCGAGUAGAUCUCCUGCAAGAUCCCAAAGCACCACAAGGGCCGCCAUCACCCGAGUUCGUGAUCGAACAGCUGACCGCGCUUCGCAAAGCCACAUCUUUGCCCGUCAUCUUCACGAUAAGAACUAAGUUACAAGGCGGCAACUUCCCUGAUGAGGCAUUCAGCGAAGCUCGCGAGCUGUACCAAACGGCUCUUCGACUGGGUUGUGAGUUCUUGGAUCUGGAAAUGACCAUGCCCGAGUACAUUCUCCGCGAGGUUACGGAGCAGAAGGGCCACACAAAUAUCAUCGCCAGCCACCAUGAUCCUCGAGGUGAGCUGAGUUGGACAAAUGGUUCUUGGAUUCAGUACUACAACCGAGCAUUGCAGUUUGGCCAUGUCAUCAAGCUUGUUGGUGUGGCUAAGUCACUGAAAGACAACUUUGCCCUGGCGGAGUUCAAGUCGUGGGCAGAAUCUGCGCACCCCGUGCCUAUCAUCGCCAUCAACAUGGGUGAGCACGGUAAGCUGAGCAGGGUACUGAACGGUUUCAUGACGCCAGUCUCGCAUCCUUUGCUUCCAUCAGCAACUGCACCUGGUCAGCUUACAGCAGCCGACAUCCGACGUGGUCUGUCGCUGAUGGGCGAGAUUCAGCCAAAGAAGUUCUGCAUUUUUGGUUCUCCUGUGCAGCAAAGUCCGAGCCCGCGCCUGCAUAACAGACUCUUCCGUGAGACAGGAUUGCCGCAUAAUUAUACCAUCGUUGAAACCGCCGAUACAACGCCCAUCAAGGACAUUAUCCGUGCACCGGAUUUUGGAGGAGCCAGUGUGACUAUUCCACUCAAACAAGACGUGGCCCCACUGUUGGAUGGCAUCGGUCCAGAGGUCGAAGCUAUCGGCGCUCUCAACACGAUUGUGCCGGAGAUUUCGAUUGAUGAAGCGACCGGCAAGGAAGUCAAGCGACUCAUCGGUCGCAAUACUGACUACCUCGGCAUGGUCCUUGUCUUGAAGAACGCGGGCGAUCAGCGGUUACCCGGCGAGCAGCACUCUGGCCUCGUGAUCGGGGGUGGAGGAACGAGUCGUGCAGCCAUCUACGCGCUGCAUGAAAUGCAGUACAGCCCGAUCUACCUCCUUGGCCGCAAUGUCGAGAAGAUGGAGAAACUGCAAGCAGACUUCCCCGCAGAGUAUGAUAUUCGUGUCAUCAAAGACAUUAACGAUGUUGAGGCUCUGGAACGCUUGCCCACUGUUGCCAUCGGAACCAUUCCUGCCGACAAGCCUAUCGAUGCAUCCAUUCGCGAGACUCUAAUCGCCUUGUUCGACAAAGCUAAGACCGCGGAGAACGCAGCACAAAUGACUCUGCUUGAAAUGGCUUACAAGCCUGCAGUCACUGCAUUGAUACAACUCGCACAGGACGCUGGCUGGAAGACUGUGAACGGUCUGGAGGUCCUUGUCGGCCAAGGUGUUCAUCAAUUUGAGUACUGGACCGGCAUCAAGCCCCUAUAUGCAAUUGCAAGGGAAGCAGUUUUGAGUGGCUACUAAAGCCAAGGCUCGUAGAAAAGCUGAUGUUUAAUACAGUCGAAUCAAUCGCUUGCAUGUCUCG